UAAAAAAAUUUAUUUUCAUAAUAAUUUUCAUUUUUCGCAAAAGUAGAUAAUCUCAAAAUCGUAGGUUUUUCACAUACAGAAUUACUUACUUUAUAGAACCCAAAAUGGUUGAAUAUGAUAACUUAUUCUUUGAAGAAUUAGAAAAGAAACUGCUAGAUACUGGUGUGUGUAAACCACUAUUAAUUGGUGUAAAUGGAAAAUCAGAUACUUUGGUUCAUUACUUGAGAGCAUGCAAAGAGUUGGAGUACGUACUGUUAGAUGAUUUAGAAGCCUGUGAUGCCAAGUGGAACUUAUUCAUUACUGCAACGAUUAAUUACAGUGAUAAUCAAUUGCUACUACCAUACAUACCAGACUUUACUAGGAACGUAGAGGAAAUGCUGGAUGUAAUUAAUGUGACUCCUAGUCUGUAUGAUGUACGUUUCAAAUUUCUUAAUAAGGACUACACUUGCAAUAACAAACUAGUGAUCAAGUUACUGCAUUUUGUACUGAUUAUUUUAAAUGAACCAAGAUUGGAGAAACUGAAAUACUUUCAAUUUGUUGAUCUUAUGGCAAAUAUAGAACAAAGUUACAAUGUUGACAUACCGACAUAUGUUUUUAAGGUCAAUUACUCAAUUAAUUCUGAAGAAGAAGUGUUGUUUGAAGGAAGAAGCAUGAGUUAUGGAACCAAAUUUGGGUUUUUCGGUUGUAAUCUAGAUAGUUUGUAUAAAAUUUUAUGCGAUGGAUUUAAAUCGCAUAAAAAACACAAAACCUCAGAUGAUAAAAUCUAUCUAAAUAACGAGAUUGGUAUAAUUUUGAAGAAUAUGACUGGCACACCAUGUUGGGAGAAUUCGUGUUGUGGGAAGAAGAUAAAAGUUAUUGCUCUAUGUGAGUUCAUUAAUCGGCAUGAAUACAUAAAAAGUAGUGUUGACAAAGAUUUGAAAUGUACACAUAUUAUAAUUGAUCUACCAGAGAUUGUUCGGAUUCGCUUUCUGUUUUAUUAUUGUGAACUCACAGUAAAACAAGUUGAUUUAAAUGAAUCUCUAGCAACACGAAUUUUUAAGAAUGAACUAGCUUUUCCGAUUAGUUGUUUUAUAUUUUUAUUUGGACCUUUGGCUUACGUCUAUAAGAACAACAUUAUGAAAUACUUACUGUCUGGAAACCGCAAACUGAAACAAAUAUUGUUCCAUACUUUUAUGUAUUUGGGUUUAUAAAAAUAUUGAUUUGGAGAUAUUUAUUAAAAAUCGACAAAAUUAUGAUAUCUGAGAGCUCUUAUCGUGAAUAACUCAAGGUUAGAAAAAACUAAAUUUGGAAAGGUAAAAAUUUUUGGGAGAGAUUAUUCAUCAACAAAAGUAAAGCUUAUUAUUCCAAAAAGAAACUGUGCCUUCUGAUACGUUUAUACAAAAACAAGAUAACACCUCUACGAAAAUCUAUAUUUGGAAAAAAUUGAUUUCUGAUCGAUGACACAUUAUUAUAAAAGUAAUUA